CCUGUUCGUAGGUUCACAUGAUGAUACCCUCUGUUCGGUGUAUUAUGUAAUCAUGACCUUGACUUCGUGAGUGUAGAACCAGCUUCAAAAUUCAGGCAGAAAAUUAUACUAUCGACAGUAACUAUUUGAUUUGAGUUUUGGAAUCCUGCUAAGUGGAGGAAGGAAGGAAAAUGUUUGAGGUUUAAGAGCCGUCAAUCGUCAUUAAGUUUUUGACAUUCUUUAUAAAAAUAUUUACUAAUUUUUCAGUUUAAUCCAAGUCAGUUUUUUGUGCAAAAAGUGUUCUGAACAUAUAAGGCUUUAAUGGAACUAUCAUGGCUAAUGAACCGUCCAUAGUUCAGGCUAUUUAUUCAUUUAAGGGAAGCAAUAAUGAUGAGCUGUGUUUUAAGAAGGGGGAUCUAAUAACUGUAACCCAGAAAGAUGAGGGGUGGUGGGAGGGUACCCUCAAUGGAAAAACAGGCUGGUUCCCUAGUAAUUAUGUGAAGGAAUGUAAAGACGCCCCUAAGCCAGUCGUGAAUCCACAAAACCAGUACAAAAGCGUCGUCCUAAAUGAUUUAAUCGACUCUGAAAAAGCACACGUGACUGAAUUAGAAGGUCUGGUCUCCAAUUUUCUGCAACCUUUGGAGAAGAGUUCCAUAUUAUCGCAAGAUGAAUAUAAACAACUGACUGGAAACAUAACGGAUGUGUUGGAAACGCAUCAACAACUUUUGAGUUUAAUCGAAGCAGAAUCGAACAAACCAGGAAAUGAACAGCGGGUCGGCAAGCUGUUCCUUACUUGGGCACCAAAAAUCAAAAACGUUCAUCAAAUGUACUGCUCUCUCCAUCCCAGGGCAGUGUGCAUUCUGGACAAAUAUAGGGAGGAACUUACGAAAUACAUGGAAUCGAAAGGUGCAGCUAGUCCCGGUGCUCUGGUAUUAACAACGAUGUUAAGUAAGCCCUUCAGAAGGCUAGAUAAGUAUUCGGGAAUGCUACAGGAGUUAGAGAGACACGUGGAAGAAUGCCAUCCCGAUAGGGGCGAUACGCAAAGAUCUGUCAGUGUUUAUAAAGAUAUCGCAACAACAUGCUCUGCGAUCAGAAGGCAGAAAGAACUAGAGCUUCAAGUACUAACCGGUCCAGUACGGGGGUGGGAAGGUCCUAGUUUAACCUCUCUAGGAGAGAUCAUAUACAUGGGUUCCGUGGCCGUGGGCCCCCAGCACCACGACAGAUAUUUCGUCCUUUUCCCCACUACUCUGGUCAUACUAUCUGUUAGUCACAGGCUGAGCGCAUUUAUAUACGAGGGGAAACUGUUCCUCUCAGGACUGACGGUGACCAGGCUUGAAGAUAGCGACCAGUACAAAAAUGCUUUCGAGAUAAGUGCGCCUAUGAUCGACAAACGAGUGGCGGUGUGUCAGAGUAGGGAAGAAGCCGACCAUUGGGUGGAACUGUUGAGGAAGCAGAUGCCAAGGUCCUCGACUGCUUCCACCAUUAGUCAGAAAGUGGCGCCAUCUCAAGCGCAGUUUGUUCCGCAACCCCCUCCGCAUCUCCAACGACUAAACCAAAGAGGUUAUUCUAACCGAACGUCAGUAUUGAGUUAUAACAUUGAUCUCCGAUAUAAACCCACUUACCCCCCAGAAAACUACCCUUCCGCGGCGCCCUACGCUGCCCUAACAAAGUUAUUUCAUAAACUGAUUAAAACAAAGUUGUUAAAUAGGCAAUUAUUAAAGCAAUUGUUGUAUUCCGAGCACUUAAAUAAAAGUAAUUUACAUUUAGUGAAAAUAAGACACCACGUGACCGAAAUUAGUAUAAUGACCAGAGACAUCCACUGCCGGGAUAGCGUUAUUGAGUGUGACAGCGACACCGAAGAUGAGACUUCUGAUGCCGAGUCCAGAGGCAGCAAUAUCAAAAGGCAAAAUGCCGUAGACACUUCCUCUUCUGAUGACGAUUCGAGUAGUUCUAGCAAUCCGUUUGGCUACAUAAGGUAUUAUAACCCUCAAACGGGAUCGGGGCAUGAGGUUACAAAAUAUGAGAGCUUCAUCGAUCACGGUGAACAGUGCCCUACAGUGACUGGGCCUAAAGUAGUGGUGGACGUACCGAAGAAACGUAGCGUCCUCUUAGUAUCAACCGCAAACUUGUUGUUACAGAAACAGUACUCUGAGGAGUCAGAAGCGAGUUCUUGUUUUCCAGAACCUAAACCUUAUAUGGCUUGUGAGGAUCUAAGUCACCUCGAUGGAAACGUAGAACUAGGUACUCUACACGUGCCCGAAAGGUAUGUGCCUACUACGAGGCAAAGUUGUCCAACGAAACUGGUUGGCAACAAAUUUAACCAGAGCAGUUUAACUACUAUUUAUAUACCCUCGUGGUCGAAUAGCGACAGUGCAAAUGGUAAAAGCAAAUCUAAUGAAGAUAUUGCGAAAAGGAAAACUGCAAGUUCCAAAAACGAUUCCAGUUGCAGCAGCACUACUCACUCUAGUAGUUUGGAAUUGCCCGUGAAUACAUUACCUCUCCCUGACAGAAUGGUAGCUGAAUUGCUGUACAAUUUUGAUGGAGAAUUCACAAAAUCAGAAUCCAUAGAAAGUGAUUUCACAGAGCAUUCCUCGAAAACUGUCAUAAAACCUCCCACAAUGUUUGAAGGUAGAGUGGAAGAAGACGUUAAAGUCGUUCCACAAACAGUAAGUUUAAAUUUAGAUAAUGUAGGAUUCCGUAAGCACAGUAUUAACUCAGACAAGCCAAAAAGGAGGAGUAGUAUUCAGAUUAACCCUCAAGAUCUCAAGAAAAAUAGUGAUAUGAGACGUUGCGUCACCUCGAGAUUCCUUCAAAUGUCAAAUCCCACGACUUCAAGACAGUCCUUUUGCAGAUGCUGCAGGGAUUCUUGCCACAGUCCGAGGUCGUCAGACUCCGGCAUGGCUGGUAGCUGCACCUUAAUCUCGCCUGAUAUAGUUAACGACUUAGCCUCGUGUUCUGCGCAAGAACGUUGUAGUACGGACAUGGCAAAUCUGUUCCAAAAAUACAAUAACUUUGGUCAGUUCGAUGGUGACACAAACGUUAUCUCUUUAAGUGAUAUCGAAGCUAGGGAUUUCGAAUCCCAGUGCCCUUGUACCUCUCCGUUUGGCUCCACGCCGCGCACCUCGGGCCAAGACUGUGUUAACGAAAAUGUACUAACCGGAUCUCGCGAUAGCUUAAGGACUUCCGUUACUUCCAGUAUUGAUAUCAACCCUAAAACGUGGGGAUCUCAACCCAAACUCCAUUCCAGAAUAUUCAUAGAACCUAAAACUGUUCCGGAUCCCAACGUAGAAGAGUGGAAGAGCGGUCCUCAAAAGUCCCACUCCACAAGUUGUUUGCUAGAAGAGGGACAAGAUGAGGGAGAAGUGGCGGAGAACGAAGAAGGUCCGCUGAUGUAUAAAUCCGGAUUAUACGCACACUGGUGGUUGAAAGCUAAAAUUCCGGCCAGUGUCAUUAAGGGGAUAUACAUGGACUCUCGAUCACCCACUACAGAUGUCUCCACUAGUAGCAGGCGGGCCAACAAGCCAAACAAGUAACCGCCAGGGCGGCAUGAACAGCAUCCGCUCCACGCCCACACCUCCACCGCACGGCCACGCCAAUAAUAGCCGUGGGUGGUCUUCCAUUUGCUUAAGG